GUGGGACUCAAUAGUAACCUAAUAACCAAUACCUACACUUGUUGUGGACAUCAGAUUACUCAACCAUGGGACAGGUCGCAACGAUUCAGAUUUUACAGGUUCGUUCAUGACUCCUGUGCAGGUCUCUGUCUUUGCGGUUAUGGGGCGUUAGUGUGAAGAGUGUAUUGGCUACAGUGAAGAUUGGCCGUGCUGAGUCCAGAUCUUCAUUUGGGGCCAAGCUGUCCUUUCUCUGCGAGUGACACCUGCUUAAAAGCUUCUUGGUUUUAAAUGUCUCUUCGUGACGUCAGCCCGUUAUCGACGAUUUCGACCAACAUGGCCGAGUUCAGAUCAGACAAAAAGCACGACUUUGACCUGGAAGUAGUCCUGGACGCCUUUAGGAAAUGCAUUCUGCCGGACGGGUCUCUCUCUCUAGACGAAUAUUUGAGAGCUUUCCACGAACUUUGCAGAUUUUUCCACUUGACAGGGAGACUGUUUGGAUUCGUGGCCAAGGACCUCGAAGGAAAAAUGAAAGCCAUCGAAGCCCGAAAGGCAGCAGACAUGGAGUCUCACUACAUCACCCUCCAGUCCAUGAUGCAGUACGAAAUUAGAGAAGGCAUGGUCCGCGCCAGGGGGCAGCACGCUUCCGGCACCAGACAGUUCUUACGUCUGCACUACGCCCUGGAGUUCAUCCUGGAGUUCAUGCGACAAUUGCGGUGCAGUGACGAGCACGCCAGGACUUCCCACAUUGCAUCAGAGGUGUACAGCAGGACUCUGUCCAAGCAUCACCCGUGGAUAACCAGGAAGCUGGCAGCACUCGCAGUCCACAUGCUGCCCUCCAAGAAGCACCUCAUUGAUGUCAUGUGCAAACAUGAUUACAACAGCGUUCAGACGCUCAUCGAUGAUGUUACAGCGGAAGGAAAUCGGAUUUACGACAUUGCCCAGAGGGCUUACGAAAACAAUAAUCUAGCAUAUUCCGUGACCAUUAUUUCAUUCAUUCUAUCAAAUCAUCUGAACAAUCAUCAUCACUAUGCUCUCCAUCAUCGUCAUAUAUGUGAUAUUUUUUAUGUCCCCCAGAUGUUAAAUUGCAGGUUAGAUGUCCUUCGCUCUUUUUACUGGUUAACUCGUUUCCAAUUGUCAUUCUGUACACUCCAAUAACAUACAUAAACAUUAUCAAUGAAACAUACAUAAACAUUAUCAAUGAAUGUCUUGUUAAAAAAUGUAAUUAUCAGAUUUGGAAGAAUAUCUUAAUAGAUUAGACUGCUUAAACUUUAAUAGUCACUGAGAACCAGAUAAUGACGGGAAAAAAAUUCAUGGAGGAAGCAUUGAAAUCUUUCACUUCUUUGGAAGAGGAGUAUGGGAAAACUUUUUUCAAAAGUAUCACAAACUGAACUAAGGAGACAAUAAGAAAGUUAUGCUCAAUUAUAAAAGUCAUAUUUUAAUACCCGCGUGCCGUGUGUUUAUUUUUGAUGAUAAACAUGAAGGAACAUUGCUUUGUCCACUGUGUUUGUGAGCAUGAAACAGAGAGAGAAAACCGAGUAAGGAGAAAUGCAGUCAGUCCCCGUUAUAACUGGCAUUUGUACAUGUUAGUAAGUUGCCACGAGGUCUAUAAAUUUUUGUUAAAAAAUGCAAUUUUACAGAUUUGUAGUAUCAAACGCGGAAACUACUUUGUACAGCUAUUAUUAUUGUGAUUAAAAUGUUGCAUGGCA